UGAAAUCAUAUAUUUUGUAUUGUAUUCAUUGCUACUGCUGUACAAAAGAACACGAGCUACUACUGUCGAGUGGGUUCACACAUGUAUCGGGCUCGCUCCCACUCGUCGUGUUCGUACUCGGUGCCCUGGCUCCUUCUCGUGCUGGGAUACGGCACGCUCGUCCUCCACGAGCCUAUGCACGUCGAGCUGAGGCAUGCCGGGCUGUUGCUCGGCGGGCCCUUGCACGCCGCGCCGGGUGCCCCGGUGGACCAGUGCGCGUCAAUUCGAGAUCAGUAUCCGUAGGCGGCCGGCUCUUCGAUGCUGUUGGGUCCGUGCGCGGUAUGUUGAGGCUCGUCAGAUGUGUGCCUGUUGGGUUUACGCUAGCGGGACCUCGUCCGCGUCAAUAUCUCGUACUUCGGGCCAUGCGCCUCGUCCCAGUGCUGUACGUCGAGGUGGCGCAGCGUCCGCGGGAUGAGGAACGUGCGUGUCGACUAUCUGUCGGGCUCGCAUGCACUAGGCUUGGUGAGCUCGCACUUGCUGGUGGGUCAUUGCUCGGCGGACUUACGCGGAGCGGAACUGGGCGGGCUGGCACUCGCUCGGCUCGGGCUCGUCAGGCUGGUGUCAGUACAGCGGGCGGGCCAUGCUCCUCCUCGCUAUGUUCGUGCUCGAAGCAUAUACCCUUCUCGAGCGUGCACAUGACAGCUACGGCCGAGCAUGGCUAUACCCAGGCUCGACCCGGACCGUCCCGGUACAGACCCGCCACAGCGGGUACGGGUGCUGCGCGGGUCAGUGGGUCUGGGGGGUCAUGUACGGGUGUGAGAGGGACGACAGGGGGAGCGAGACAGUGGGCGCAGGACGGCAGGCGAGCAGGACAGCGGGCGAUGGGGGCGACAGCGGGUUCAACAACAGGCGAGGAGAGCGGCAGGCGCGUGUAGCGGCAGGCGAGUGGAAUAGCGUGUGAGCGAGACGGAAGGCGAGCGGGUGGGCGAGCUAGGGAGAGGGAGAGGGCGAAAGCGGCUGACCGAGUCGGCGAGCGAGCAAGUUGGCAGAAAACCCAGUAAGGGGGGCGUGCCCGUCCUCAACAAGCCUAUGCACGUCGGCUGGGGCAUGCCAGGUUGAUGCUCGGUGGGCCCUUGCACGCCGAGCUAGCCUUGUUGUACCAGUGCGCGUUGUAUCGGUAUGCGCUUGCACUUGUUGAGUAACGUGCGCCGGGAUUGUCUCCGUUGUGUUCGACUCCAUCCACUUGUCCUUGGUGGGCAUUCUCGGAGUGGAGAUCAAAAGCAAUGUACUCACCUGAUUCGUUUGUCCUGCUGGUCACAACCCGCAUUCCUCCCUGCAUUCUAGCCCUUCGCGAGCCUCCAGCGACGCUCUUCGCGCGUCGCUGGGGCUUGUUGCAGUCGCGUACAGCGCGAUCUUGA